CCCUGGGGCUCCCUCUCUCUGCUCCUUCCCGGCCGGGUCCGGGGGCGCUCGGGAGGGUGACGGACCAGAUCCUCGAGGCCCAGCCGGGCAGUGGGGGCGCGGCCGGCCGGAGCUCCCUCCCUGCUCCAGGAGCCGGGUGAGCGCGCCCCGCGGGGGGCUCCGCAGCCCUUACAAGGAGUUUGGUGGCGCUUGGGGUGGCCCCGCCCGCCAGGCUCCACCGGCCCCUCCUUCCCGCGGGGUGGCAGCCCGCUGGACGUGGGACUGAGGGCGCGGACGCCGACGGGUCCGGGGCCGCGCGCACCAGGGAAGCCUGCGUCCCGCUCCCCUGGGCCCCUACGGGCGGGCGUACUGCGCCGGGCCCACCGGCCGCAGACCUGCGUGGCUGUCCAGGGCGUCGCCAUGUCCUCGGUGUUUGGAAAACCCCGCGCGGGCAGCGGGCCUCAGAGCACGCCCCUCGAGGUCAACCUGGCCAUCCUGGGGCGCCGCGGGGCUGGCAAGUCUGCCCUGACCGUGAAGUUUCUGACCAAGAGGUUUAUCAGUGAAUAUGACCCCAACUUGGAGGACACCUACAGCUCCGAGGAGACCGUGGACCACCAGCCUGUCCACCUGAGGGUCAUGGACACUGCAGACCUGGACACCCCCAGGAACUGCGAGCGCUACCUGAACUGGGCCCAUGCCUUCCUGGUGGUGUAUAGCGUCGACAGCCGCCAGAGCUUCGAUAGCAGCAGCAGCUACCUGGAGCUGCUUGCCUUGCACGCGAAGGAGACACAGCGCAGUGUCCCUGCCCUGCUGUUAGGCAACAAGCUGGACAUGGCUCAGUACAGACAUCCGACCUACGCAAGAGCCAGUCUUCUUUUUCCUCCCACCUCGAUUCCCAUGGCUUUCAGGCAAGUCACCAAGGCAGAGGGUGUGGCUUUGGCAGGAAGGUUUGGGUGCCUGUUUUUCGAGGUCUCUGCCUGUCUGGACUUUGAGCACGUGCAGCACGUCUUCCAUGAGGCAGUGCGAGAGGCACGGCGGGAGCUGGAGAAGAGCCCCCUGACCCGGCCCCUCUUCAUCUCCGAGGAGAGGGCCCUGCCCCACCAGGCCCCACUCACCGCCCGGCAUGGGCUGGCCAGCUGCACCUUCAACACACUCUCCACUGUCAGCCUGAAGGAGAUGCCCACUGUGGCCCAGGCCAAGCUGGUCACCGUGAAGUCAUCCCGGGCCCAGAGCAAGCGCAAGGCGCCUACCCUGACCCUCCUGAAGGGUUUCAAGAUCUUCUGAGGACCCUUCCCCAGGAACCCCAGGCUCGGUGGGUGGACAGGACUGCAGCGGGGCAGGGGCUGGCUUCUCACCACCGGCUUUUCCCUCUGAUGGACAGCAGACCCCACCUCCAGCACCAAGCAGUGUCCCUACACUCAGUUCACUGUGUGAGCUGCAGUGGCAGGCAGGGAUGCUGCUUCUGUUCCCUCCAGGCCUUGGUCUUCAUGGUAACCACCGCAUCUGUGGCCCUGGAGGGAAACAGCCACUGUGACAACCCAGAGACCUGGGUUCAGCCUUAAGUAGGAAGAAAUUGCAGUGUCCAUCCUGCUGCCAUCAGCCCUUCCUGCUCCAGCUACAGUUGGGCCAGCUGUGGCCCUUAGUGGACGGUCUAGGUGGAUAGCUCUGUCAAUGUCAGGCCUGAGAAGAACCUGCAGAAUGACAGCCCUGGGGUCCUUGUGCCACCUGGUGGACGGGAGAGGCAGGGCGGCUGCAGUUUCAGAGGCCAGAGCCUGGCCCUCCUGUCAUCUGCUGACUUCACAGAAGGCCCAGGCUACAAACCCCACAGUUUAUUCAAGGAAAAUCUAGUUAAAAUAAUCCAAUGGACAGCCUGGGCGGGGCGAAGAAGCCCCAGGAAGGGGUAUUUCCAACACCUGACGUCUCAAUGAGGAUAAAAGGGAGGGGGCUGUGGGUUGUCCAAUGUAAGGAGCCCUAGAGUUCUUUCACCAGCAGACAGAUUCCCCACGUUUUCCCACUGUUAAGGACUCUGUCCAAAGAACCUCAGGACCAGCUCCGUCAAGUUUAAUGAUCCGGGCUGCAGAAGAAAGUUGUCACUCCAGUGAGUUACCCAGGGCUCCAGGGAGCCCACAGCAGCAUCAGACCCAUCCAGGGGCUACAGGGCCUGGCCCCUUGCAGGUGGAAAUAGAGUAUACCAGUUUGUCGUCUGGUUUGGCAGGACCCAGGACCCUCAGCAAUGAGUCUGAGUGUUCAAAGCCCACUUUAGAACCUAAAGCAUUUUGGGUUAAUAAAGCAAAUUUUUGCAUAUGUUAUUUGGUGGUGUCACCACAGCUUAUACCAGGACACCAUGGCUCAGACAUGGGAUCAGGACGCUCCUUUCAGAUCCCACCGUUGGCAAGAAAAGGCUCUCCAAGGCAGGCAGUGUGGUAGUUGUCUGAUUUUGUUUACCACACGCCAGGUCCAGGGGAAGUCUUGCACAGACUCUUAGCAGACAAGCAGGGAAAGGAAAGGGCCCUGGUGGGUGGAAGGAUUGGGAAGGGGGUUCUGGGCCUGGAAGCCUGCUUCUUCCCCUCUCAGCAGUCUCAGGACUGCUGUUGUAUUGCAAACAGCAUCUCUGACCCAGUCUUCAGUCUCAUUCUGUAAAUAGAGGAGCUGAGGUCAGAGUGGGGCUGUGAACUACUCAAGACCACAUGCUUGGAGUCCUAGCCAGGCUUCCCGACCCACAGGCCAGCUACGGAUUUUGCACUUUUGCUCCAGGCCACUUGCGUGUGUAUGUGUGUGUGUACCACUGCCAUCUGAACAAACUAUGCAAUACCACCUGCUGACUUCCAGGAGCAUUUUAAUAAAAGAUUUCUUUUAAUAACA